AUGAGUACAAGUGUUUUUCUCACUCUUCUUUUCUUUUCCCUUUGUUUCAUGGUUUCUUUUUCUCAUGCGCUAAACAAUGGUUUUAGUGUCGAACUCAUUCACCGCGACUCUCCAAAAUCACCACUCUACCAACCUACUGAAAAUAAAUACCAACGUGUUGUCAAUGCCGCACGCCGUUCCAUCAAAUUUGCCAAUCAUUUCUACAAAGAUUCCCUCACAAAUACUCCUAAAUCAACUGUAAUUCCCGGUAAAGGUGAGUAUCUCAUGAGCUAUUCAGUUGGUACCCCACCAUUUAGGUUAUAUGGUAUUGUCGAUACCGGUAGUGACAUUGUUUGGCUUCAAUGUGAGCCUUGUAAAAAAUGUUACAACCAAACCACUCCAAUAUUUAAUCCUUCCAAAUCAUCAAGUUACAAAAAUAUACCUUGUUUGUCUAAACUAUGUCAAUCUGUGAGAGAUAGCCCUUGUAGUGAUCAAAAUUCUUGUCAAUAUUCUAUUACUUAUGGUGAUAAUUCACAUUCACAAGGAGAUCUUAGUUUUGAGACUCUUACAUUGGAAACCACCACUGGCCGUCCUAUUUCAUUUCCUAAAUCAGUGAUCGGAUGUGGAACUUACAAUACAAUGUCAGUUAAGACUGCAAGCUCUGGUAUAAUUGGCCUUGGAUAUGGACCAUUGUCUUUUAUAACACAAUUGGGAUCAUCAAUUGAUGGAAAAUUCUCUUAUUGUUUGCUUCCAUCAUUGCUUGUGUCAAAAACACUUGAGUCAAACAUGACAAGCAAACUCAAUUUUGGAGAUGCCGCUGUGAUUUCCGGUGAUUGUGUUGUGUCAACUCCUAUAGUACAAAAAAACCCUUUAGUUUUCUACUAUUUGACAUUGGAAGCAUUUAGCGUUGGAAACAAAAGAGUAGAAUUUAGAGGGUCUUCAAAUGGUGAUGAGGGUAACAUCUUUAUUGAUUCAGGUACAACAUUGACACUUUUACCAAGUAAUGAUUAUGCUAAUUUGGAAUCAGCUGUGGUAGAAUCGGUGAAACUAGAGCGUGUUGACGAUCCUAAUCAAGAUUUCAACUUAUGUUAUAGUGUUACAUCGGAUGAAUAUGAUUUUCCUUUAAUCACAGCACAUUUUAAAGGUGCAGAUGUAAAGUUGCAUCCUAUUAGUACUUUUGUCCCAAUUGCUGAUGACAUUGUUUGUUUGACUUUUAUCUCAUCAAAAACCGAUUCAGUAUUGGGCAACUUGGCUCAGCAAAAUUUGUUGAUUGGUUAUGACCUUAAACAAAAAACAGUGUCUUUUAAGCCUAUGGAUUGUACCAAAGUUUAA